AUGUCCGAGGACGUGUACCCCACCUGGCUGCUGCUGCCCACCCCUCCUGACUAUGAUUUUGAGAGCUAUCUGCUGGACUACCUGUACCCGAAACACUACGAGUGGGCGCUGAUCGUGGGCUACAUUCUCGUCUUCUUACUGGCUCUCAUUGGCAACGGACUCGUUUGCUUCGUGGUGGCCAGGAACAGCCACAUGCGGACGGUGACGAACUAUUUCAUCGCGAACCUGUCGGCAGGGGACCUGCUGGUCACCAUCAUCUGUCUGCCGCCCACCCUGGUGGUGGACAUCAUGGAGACAUGGUUCUUCGGAGAGACCAUGUGCAAGAUCAUACCCUACUUACAGAUGGUGUCCGUGUCCGUUUCGGUCCUGACCCUUUGCGCAAUCGCAGUAGAGCGCUGGUACGCCAUCGUCCAUCCUCUGAAGUUCAAGAGCACCAACGCGCGUGCGCGCACCAUCAUCUGCCUGAUCUGGGUGGUGUCGCUAAGCAUCAUGGCCCCGCUGGUGCCCAUGUACAAAACCAGCCGCUUCUACCCGGAACACAAGACAGACCUCAUGACGGUGUGCGACGAGCACUGGCCAGAUCCCAUUUACGGAAAGAUCUACCACGCCGCGAUCGUGAUGGUGCUGUUUGGGAUCCCGAUCGUCCUCAUGAUGGUGUCCUACUGUAUGAUCGUGUGGAAACUCUGGAGCGACCAGGUGCCAGGCAUCUCGAGUUCCACCAGCCUGCGAGCUCCCAGCCGCUCCAGCGACUCCCAGCGCAUCAAGACCCCGGUCAGCCGCUCCACCUCGGACAACAUCGUGCUGUCGACGUCAUCUUCGGCCGCGGCAACCGUCGUGACGGCCUCGUCGUCCUUCCACUCGGGAACUGGCUCCAUCGCCGACAAGACGGCUGAGAACACGGUGCAGUCCCGCCGCAAGGUGGCGCGCAUGCUGGUGGCCGUGGUGGUCGUGUUCGCGAUCUGCUACAUCCCGCUCAUGAUCCUCACCUUCCUGAAAAGAGUGUACGGGUUCUUCGACGUCACGAACAACAGACAGGGUGUGUACGCCGCCUUCAUGGUGUCCCACUGGCUCCUGUACCUGAACAGCGCCAUCAACCCGCUCAUCUACAACUUCAUGAGUGAGAAAUUUAGAAGCGAGUUCAAGGCGUCCCUGCCCUGCUGUUUUCCUGAGGCCGCUCGGAAGAAGAGGGAGGCGCGAGGCAUGACGGUCGGCAGACCGACAAUAUCCCGGAUGCACACCACAAGGACGACGGGAACGACCGAGCUGCUGAGCCGCUUCGAGUCCACCACCAGAUAUCCGAGCACCUACGAGUUCGCCUUCGCCAGGGAUCGGAACGAGUUCGGGUUGAGUCGGUUCGACACUCGACCGAUCCCGAAGAGCCCGAUUCUCCCACACGACACCAUGAAACCACGCGACCUGCCCAAGAGCACAUACGAGACGACUCAACAGGACACAGACUUACGAAUGAUCAGCGAGCACACAAGCGAACCGACUGCCGAACCAGCUGAAAUAUCUUGCAUCGUCCCUGCCCUUUGUACAAAUGACCUUCCAAAACAAAUUGAGUAA